AUGGCGCAAGUUAAUAUUCCACGUAGUGUCCCUGAUCAAUUCUACAGGUACAAAAUGGCAGUACUCCAAGCUAAAGUCGAAGGAAAAGGAAAUGGUAUCAAAACCGUUAUCGUCAAUCUUCCAACUAUUGCAAAGGAUUUAGAUAGAGCUCCAGAAUAUAUUACAAAAUAUUUCGAAAUUGAAUUAAAUACUCAAACCAAUAUUGAAGGUGAAAAGUAUUCAGUGAAUGGAUCACAUCCAGCAGAAUCAUUAUCAAAGAUUCUUGAUAAUUUCAUCAACAAGUUUAUUCUUUGUUCGUCGUGCAAGAACCCCGAGACCAGAAUGUUGAUCAAGGGCAAGGCUAUCGACUUGAAAUGUGCCGCCUGUGGUAUUAGAACGCCAUUGGACAUGAAGAGCAAGCUUUCCAGUUACAUUCUCAAGAAUCCACCCAAAUCUGCCUCGUCGUCCAAGGACAAGACCACUCACGACGAAGCUCCCACUCAACCAUCGUCCAAGGAGAUGAGAAAGAAAAAGUCAAAGGACGAGGAGGAAGACGGAGAUGUCGUAUGGUUCACCGACACUUCUGAAAAGUCGGUCGAAGAGCGUAAAAAGAGCGCCAUGGGUGGUCAAACUGCUGCAGUCUUGGCCAUGAUGAGCAUCGAAGACGAAGAGGUCGAUGAACUUGACCCAGUCGAGUUCCUCAAGGCCAAGUUGGCAAAGUCUGAGGACUUGUUUUUGCUCGAACUCAAGAAUGUCAAGGACAAGUUUGCCCUCUCUCGUAGCUACGAAGUCUCCAAGGUUGCCACAGAGGCUUUGGCUGGUGGUUCGGCUGCUACCAUUGUCGCAGCAGUCAAGAACAGAAAGGCUCUCUUUGAAAAGAUUGCCAAGGUCAAGGAUGGCCAAUAUGGUAUCUUGAUGGGUCUCGAACAAGUCUAUGCAAAGGACGAAACACUCAUCAAGUCCAUCUUGGGUCUCUUUAAGAGUCUCUAUGACGACGACAUCGUCUCUGAAGAAACAUUUAUCAAAUGGGCUGGUAAAUCAAAGUCAAAGGAUCUCAAAAAGAUUUCAAAACCAUUCAUCGAGUGGUUAGAAACUGCUGAAGAAGAAGAAGAAGAUGAAGAAGAAGAGGAAGAUGAACAAGAGGAAGAAGGUGAAGAAGAUGAAGAAGAUAGAAUGAUUGACGAAGCAGAUUCAACAAGAAAGGUAGCAUUGAUUACUGGUAUAACAGGUCAAGAUGGAUCAUAUUUAUCAGAAUUAUUAUUGGAAAAGGGUUACGAGGUACAUGGUAUCAUUAGAAGAUCAUCUUCAUUCAAUACAGGAAGAAUUGAACAUUUAUUAGAUUUAAAAUCAACUCCCAAUUCAAGUCUACAUUUACAUUAUGGUGAUUUAACAGAUUCAACCAAUUUAGUGGCAAUUAUUGCAAAAGUAAAUCCAACUGAAAUCUAUAAUCUUGGUGCUCAAAGUCACGUAAAGGUAUCUUUUGAAUGCUCUGAAUAUACAGCCGAUGUUGAUGGAGUUGGAUGUCUACGUAUCCUAGAUGCCAUUCGUAGUUGUGGAUUGGAGAAAAGAGUUAAAUUCUAUCAAGCUUCAACUUCUGAACUCUAUGGUAAAGUUCAAGAGGUUCCUCAAUCUGAAAAAACUCCAUUCUAUCCAAGAUCUCCUUAUGCUGUAUCAAAACAAUUUGCAUUUUGGAUUUGUAAAAAUUAUAGAGAAGCUUAUAAUAUGUAUGUUUGUAAUGGUAUUUUAUUUAAUCAUGAAUCCCCAAGAAGAGGACCAACAUUUGUAACAAGAAAAAUUACAAGAUUUGUUGCAAGAAUUAAACUUGGACAUCAAGAAACAUUAUAUCUUGGUAAUAUUAAUGCUAAACGUGAUUGGGGACAUGCUCGUGAUUAUGUUGAAGCAAUGUGGUUAAUGUUACAACAAAAAGUACCCGAGGAUUUUGUCAUUGCCACUGGUGAAACGUAUUCAGUUCGUGACUUUACAGAACGUGCUUUUAAAGAAAUUGGAAUUAAUAUAAAGUGGCGUGGAGAAGGUAUCAAUGAAGAGGGUUAUGAUUCGGCCAACCCAACCAAAGUUUAUGUUAAAAUAGAUGAAAAAUACUUCCGUCCAACCGAAGUUGAUCUUUUACUUGGCGAUCCAUCAAAGGCCAAACGUGAACUUGGAUGGAAACCAAAAACCCCAAUCGACGAAUUAGUAAGAGAAAUGGUUGCCAAAGAUAUUGAAUAUCUUCAAACUGGAGACAAACAUAAUUAA